ACGAAACCGUCAAACUCGCAGGCUUGAAAACGUCGCUAUAUCAAUAUCAAGUCUAUGGCGUCUAUUGGCAGAUGAAAUCCUCCAGAGAAGUUGGCGGUGGCUUCGUCGCCGAUGAAAUGGGACUCGGAAAAACACUUUCUUUCCUUGCAUACAUAGUAGCGGAAAGGCAGCUAACCUGGCUCUGGGAAGAAGUGGAGGCAACUCGCGCACUCCACGGCCGAAAACAUCUCAAUGAGAUUGAACAGCAUCAGGGCGACCGCUGUCCCAGUCGUCAUGAACGUCCAGGUUGGAUUGUAUGUCCCUGUGCCUCUUCAAGCCCGACUUCCAAAUGGCCUGCCAAGGCCGGUGUCAGAAUUGCUUGUGUACCGCAGUCUUUGGUCUUACCCUGGGUUUCGCAAUGGUUUGCACAUAUUGAUGAGACUGAGAGUAAUCUUGCCAUGAGACUAGUAGUCGCUCAUGACGCUGCAAACCCAGUUCCGGCUCCUGGUUUUGGGAAUCUGGAUGCACGACAUGCAAGAAACAUCAAGGAGUUGAGUGCCAAGAGACACAUUUUCGACAACAAGGCCAGUAAGUAUCACGAGGAGACUGCGAGACCUCACCAAGAUAGAUAUCUUGUUUUGACGACUCCCAAUUCAUACAAGAGUUGGGUCAAGAAGUUCGAGUAUGGCGGCCUCUUCUUGUCUUAUGCCAAGUCGAUUGAGAACCCCACUUGGGUCAAAGCAAAGAGCGGAGGGAUUGUCUUUGGUCUCGCCAUGAUCGAUGAGUGUCACGAAGAAUAUUUCAAAGAAAAGGGACGCGCAAGAGUACUUUCUGAUUUGCCACUUACCAACAACCCAUUCAUCUGGGGCUACUCUGGCACGCCGAUCCUCAAUACACCGAGAAGCAUUGAAGGAGUUCUGUGGGCCAUCGAACAACACUUCCCCAGAAAAGACAAGUACUCCAUGACCACAGGCUGGGACGAGAAUCCAAUCCUCAGCCAAUACCACUACAGAGCUCUCGACAUGAUCUGCAAAAACUUCGAAAAGCAUGUCAAGAGCCGAACUGGAGAUCAUCAAGUAGCCCAAAAACUUGAAGACGACUUCACCCCCUUCCUAUUCCGAUUCAUGAUCCGACGCACUGCAGACUCAUCUUGGAUGGGUCGGCCCCUCAUCAAGUUAAAGAAGCACGUCCACCAAGACAUCGUCCUCACACAUAACCCCAAGUUUGACGCCAAGCUAGAUGAUCUAGUGAAAGUUAUCGAAGACGAAGCACUCGUGAUAUUCGCCGAUCUCCUCGAAAGCUGGAGAAUCAAGGAUCCUGUUUACCGGACGGUAAAUUUUCCAAAAGGGUUGACAUUCAAUCGGAGGUGUAGGGUGGAAUGGAGGCUGCGGAUCAUUGCGAGCUUCCCGUUUUUGGUGACGCUUUCAAGCGUGCAUCAUAAACACCACUUGACUUUAACGACAGAAGAGGUGAUCAAAUAUAAGGGAACGAAUGUGUUUAAAUCUCCGUAUUCGCUUUACUUGAAGCAGAUUGUGGCGAGUAGCUCGAAGUGUAUUUGGUUGAAGCAGUAUAUCCUUGAGCUGCUUCAAACUAUCGACGUUGAUGCGAAGGAUCAGAAACUCGUCAUUAUGACGCUAUUCAAUCCUGUUGCCCUGAUCCUCAAGUUGUUCAUCGAGCGACUCGUUCUUCCAAGAGACAAGAAGAACCGAGUGGGUCUCAUCUGCGCAGGCAUGAAAGCUCGGGAGCGCGCCGCAGUGCUCGACGCCUUCACAGACGCCAUCGACAAAGACUCCGGCCUUCGAAAGCAGAAGAACAACUUCCAAAUCCUCGUAGGCACAACGAGACUCAUCGGAACUGGUUUGCAGCUUACCAGAGCAGCGAAUCUGGUCCUGAUGGAGCCGGAUUACGAGUUUUAUCGUGAACUGCAGGCAGUUGCGAGAAUUCAUCGUAUCGGCCAAAUAAAUCAGAGAUCGUAUUCCUUCCGCCUUAUCAACGAGGGUUCCGGGAUUGAGAACAAAAUUGUCAAGAGACAGGAGGAGAGAGGGGAGAUGCAUGGAAGAGAGAUACAAACAAGGUUGCUUUCAGAGGCCAUCGCUACCGAGGUCAAUAGCGAUCCUCUUGUCAGAACCCCGAAAAAAUAUUAAUUUAUAUAAUUCUUUAUUAAGAGCUAUUUCUAGAAAUUCUUAUAUAUAAAUUAAGAUAUUUAAGCUUUUAAAAAAAAU